GUUGAUAUGGGUAUCCGCACUGUUCACGAAAUUGUUCCCAUAUCUUCUUGUCGGCUUCUUCUUCGGAAAGGUUCGCAAGACUCGCCAAGUAUAUCUAUAUGUGAUAACUCUAUCUCAUCUCUCUCUCUCUCACAGUGGCGACUUCUCAAUAUUUUUCUUGUUUGUUCUAGGUUUUUCCCUGAUGCCCAUGAUUUUCCCUGGCACACAUGAGUAGUGCUCUCUAUUGUUUAUUAAUUUCCUGGAAUCGGAUCGAUUCCCUUUGAGCUUUAAUUUUCCCAGAAAUUUCUAAGCGGAUCUGAUAAGGCGACGUUCGUGGAUCUUUCUUGUAUUACAUGACAUGGGGCUCAGGCUUUUAAGUUUUCGUGAAGAACAUUAGUAGCAAAGCACGGUGAUGGAUGUUGAAGGAAAAGCUUUGAAGGCAGGUGGUUGGAGUUCGAGUACUCCAACUCUGGCUUCAUCUAGGAAGCGCAGAAAGACUUGUUGUUUGGCGGUGAUCGGCACUACAAUCGGCAUCGUGAUAUUGAUUGUCAUAUUGGCUUUCACGGUGUUCAAAGCCAAGCGUCCGGUGACAACUUUCGACGACUUAAGCAUCAAAGACCUCGACUUCUCCUUCGACAUUGCCAGGCUCGCCGUGCGCUUGAACGUCACUCUGGAUGUCGAUGUCUCCGUCAAGAAUCCCAACAAGGUCGGCUUCAAGUACUCCAACUCCACCGUCAUUCUCAACUAUAGAGGCGAGCUUGUCGGUGAAGCCCCUCUGCUCCCCGACAAGAUAUCUGCUGGCGAAACCAAGCACAUGAACCUGUCGCUCACCGUCCUUGCCGACCGCUUGCUCUUCAACACUAAGCUUUACUCCGAUGUCACCUCCGGUAUCCUACCCUUCAACACCUACAUCAAACUUCCUGGAAAAGUCAAAAUCCUUUUUUUUAAUAUCCACGCCACUACGUCCUCAUCUUGUGAUUUCGAUAUCUACAUCUCCAAUCGAACCAUUAGCGAGCAACGAUGCAAAUAUAAGACAAAAUUUUAAGUAUCAAUAGCAAGUACGUAAUAUCUUUUUUUUUU